AUGUCGAUGAACGCAUCUGUCAACCAAACAUUCGAAGAAUUUGAACAUAGAACAUCAAGCGGUUCUGAAGACAAUAUAUCCUCUUCAGUUACUACAACCUCAUCUCUACGAAAAUAUGGUUCGAGAAUAUCAAUAAAUGGCUCAAGAAGAUCAUCAGUCAGGAAUUCCGAGGUUGAUUCAUGGUCGAGCAACGGAGGGGAAGAUUAUGAUGACGAGGAUGAUGAAGAUGAAGAUGAAGAUGGUGAGGAAGGCGACGAUAAUGAAUCGUUCAAAAGUUUUGAAGGAGUUCAUAUUCGCACCCCCGGAGAAGAUGAAGAUGGUGGUUCAAGAACGUCAUACGAAGCCGACAAUGAUCCAUUACCGUCGGACACAUGCGAAGCUUGUCAGGAACCAGACGUACGCGUUGGAGUCUUAUCCUGGUGUAACAUUUGCUGCAUUGUGCUUUGCGAUAAGUGCUGGAUCGCUCAGGCAGCUCACAGGAGUAACCCUCGAGCCAGAGGGAGGAAAAAUCACGAGAAAACGGACAUGAGGCUUUGGGAAAUCAUCAACUCGAUCUUAAAUCCAGAAACAGAUUCCAAAAGACAGGAACAACUCCAUAGAGAUAACUUUGAUACCAAAUGGUUCGGAGUGGAGUUUAGCGAAAAUUCACGAAAGCCCUGUUUCCAUGACUACGGGCGUUAUGUUAAACUUGCAUCAGAGACUGAAAUGGAAGCUGGAACGCAGCAUCCCUCCAUCACUUGUUUCGUCGGGGAAACAGGCCAUGGAAAGAGUACAUUAAUAAAUGCAUUGAUGAAGAUACAUCGACAUACGACUUUAGCACCAGACCAAGUGCCAGUCAUGGGAACAUCUGGGGAACUAGAUGAGCCCACCAGUGAUGCGGUACAUUUGUUUGCGGACCCGAUAACUUAUAACACCAAUAGGCCGUAUUUCUAUGCCGAUUGUGAAGGUCUUAGUGGUGGUACUAAGAUCCCCAUGGCCACCAGAGCUUAUCAAGGUGUGAAAAACUUCCGCCAAAAAAGACGGCACGCGAGAAACGAUCCCGGAGACAAUGGGAUUACAUGGGCGCGCGGACAGGAGAAAUCGCGCCAAUGGAUGGUAGAGAAUCUCUACCCUAGGGUCCUUUUCACGUUCUCGGAUGUCGUGUGUUUUGUUACUAGGAAUUUUCGGACUCUCGAAAAUGUGAUUUCAAAAUUGAUCCGCUGGGCAGAUAAAGUUUUUCAGCAGUCAGUUAACCAGCCUGUCCUGCCUUACGCCGUUAUCGUUGUAAAUGCGCUUGAGGUAUCGGACAUCGCUUCACCUUGGUGGGAUAUCGAUGGUACAACCGGCGAUCAAUUGAGGAAGCGUGCUGAUUGCAUCAAAGAUGAUCCUUUCAUGGUAAAAUGUGUUGAAAAAUGGAGAAGCCUGGGGAAAACCAUUAACAAUCUAGAGGAGCUACUUAUGUGCUACUAUAGUGGCAUUAAGAUAGUGUGCAUUCCUCAUGCAAAGGAAUCGCCAGCAGUCAUCGAACAGCAAUACAAGGUUUUAUAUAAAGUUAUGGAAGAAGGAUCUCAAAAAGCCUACGACUUGAGGAUAAAAGCUGGACUUCUUAUGACAAGUGAAGAACUAGAUGUCUAUCUUAGACACGCUUUUCAUCAUUUCUCGAAGAACCCGUCAAAACCGUUCAACUUCCUUGCUGCGGCAUUCCAUCAUAACCCCGUUUCUUCAACCUUUAAAGAUCACAUCGCUAAAGCAGCCGUUCAUAUCAUGACUCAAAGCCCUCAAAUGUCGGGAACAGACAUGUUCAAGCUUCUAGCCCCACUUGUUGCUUCCUGCAUUCUUUUGGAUGCCUUCAGAAGCCGUUACCCGCACGGUGGCCAAGCUGCAACGAUCUUCCCGUUAUAUCAAAAGUUCUGCGAGGAUGCUCUUGCAGAAGUAUAUGAAAAGCAUUGGCGAUGUGAAAAACGUGAUAAGAAAGGCCGGCGUUGCGCCAAUGUAGCCACCGGACACUCGAAGGGCCAUCAGAUGGAGGACGGGAAAGUAUUUGGCGUUGGGGAUUUCAGCUCUGCCUACAUUGAAAAUUCUAACAAAGAAAGCGAUAACUUCAUUCGUACGAUAUCGUCUGAACUUGACAGCUUAUUGAAAGAAUUUAGCGCAGGACAGGGCAUUUCCGUGGCCCAAUACCACCGGGAUCGUGUACUGAACCGAUAUGGUCGUUAUUGGAACUGGAAAGGGGAUACAGAUCAUGGAGAUCAUGACGUAGCACCUCUUACAGCUCAUACAACAUGCUUCAGCUGUUUAUCGGGAACGCCUAUACACGCGCUGACUUGCGGACACAUAAUCUGCGAGCGAUGCGCCGAGAACUAUUCAACCUUACCUACCUCGAGUUUCUGGCGUGAAAUUAGUAUUUGUCCGCUCUGUAGCAAUAUGGAAAGUCCGUGGGAGAUCCCAUGGAAAUAUAAAACAAGGCCAAAACACACAGGCCUGCGAAUUCUGUCUCUCGACGGUGGGGGGAUUCGGGGGAUUAUUCAGCUUAAAGUGCUGGAAGCCUUAGAGAGAAAAAUUAAUCUUGGGGUGCCAAUCCAAGAUUUCUUUGAUCUCGUAGUCGGCACAAGCUCUGGAGGAAUAAUAGCGCUCGCUCUUGCGUCGAAAAGAGUGAGCGUGACUGAAUGCAUAAACUUUUUUAGUGAUUUUUCUGAACAGGCAUUUCAAAAACGCACCGGGGCAGAUCUGCCAGUAAUGAAAACGCUUGUUGAAGCGACAUAUCAUAGUAAGUAUGAAACGAGGGGGAUUGAUAGGGUCUUAAAAGAAAAAUUUGGGGACGAGUCUAUCUUCGGAGGUAAAAGAGAGCCUGGGGGGACAGAAAUGUUGAGGGCCGGUGUUACCACCAUCUCUUCGAGUGGACAUCCAUACUUGGUUGCAAAUUAUAACCGCCCCUUGACUGAGGACUUAAAAACUAAAUACAACUUCUUGCGAGCUGAGAAUAGCCAUCAGGAAUUGAAAACCUGGGAAGCUGCACGCGCAACCUCUGCCGCUCCGAGAUUCUUCAAACCCUUUUUUCAUAAACCAACUGGAUACAGUUUUAAUGACGGAGGUCUUAAAUUCAAUAAUCCAGUAGUGGUAGCUGACCAGGAAUGGAAGCUUUUGUGGCCGAACCUUGCAAAUAAGCACCCCGAUAUCUUACUUUCUAUUGGCACCGGUUAUGAUCCAACCCCUAAACCUGACUUGGACAAACAAGGCCGGCGGUUAAGAGCAAAGCGCGGGGCAUUAGAAUUUGCCAAAGUUCUUCUCAAGAUAGCCACACAACAAAUCGAGAGCAGCGUGGGCUGCGAGCAGACAUGGUCUAAUUUUCUACGCUCGUUACCAAUGCAGGAUGAAGAUAAAGCUGCCAAAUAUCAUCGUUUAAAUGUUGACCUUCCUAACAAACUCCCGACGAUUGAUCAGGUUGUGAUGAUGGCAAACUUGAAGCGAGCAGCGGAGGACUUCUGCUUUAACAACCCACUGAUUGAUCAAAUUUCAACAAAACUCAUAGCCUCCCUAUUUUACUUUAGGCUUGAUGGAUCUUCCAGGGUGGCUCAAGGGGUAUUGAAUAAGUGGGAUUGUGAAGGAACUAUACUCUGUCGACUUGAGCCAGGUUCUGAUGCAUUGAAAAGGCUGUGCAAACGGCUCGAGACACGUCGGAAUGGCUUGCCCCGUCGGAAUCACUUGUUUUUUAUGAACGAAAGGAGAAACUCUAGAGGAACUCCAGAUCAGCAACUCAUAGCUGAAGACAGUUUGUUUGAUAAUGUCACUAAGGGAAAGCCAUUCGAGAUGAAGAUUAACUUCUCGAUGCUUGGCCCUGAGGACUCGAUGAGAAUAUUCCUCUCCCUUUCUGACAAGGAAUGCGAUGUCUCGUUAAUAAGCGGAUUCCCCUGCCGUAUUCUGAAGGAACACGAUGCAUACCGCCCACUAGCACGAGUUGAUAGCGCAAGAACCCAACGGGGUCAUAAGAGCAAAACCCCAAGCUUUUAUUCGGCAGUUUCAGUGAAUUCGAGUGCCUCCUCAUUGUCUGGUAUCUUCCGCGGUGUUAUCACAAAGGCGGGGACUAAAAGUUCAUCGUAUUGA